UACAAUUCUCGAUUUCUUUACCAAUCAAUGAAUUGGUGUGAACUCAAAUAUUUGCAUCGUAAUCCAUGGGAGAAGUAUCUUGUUUAACAUGGGAGAAAAUAUAUAUUUUCGACUUUUAGUGCAAUUCUAUCAAUUAUUCACGCAGAUCCAUUAAAAAAAAUUAUUCACGUAGAUUUACUUAUUGAAUUUAGCUUAACAAUUAUCUGUCAGCAGAGUAUUUAGCUACUAACUGGUCUUUUUUCCUUGGUAAAUCGGAUGGAAGAAAGUGGAGUUGGUGUUCAUACCAUCGCCGGCGGUGGGCCACAUAACGGCGCUGGCGGAACUGGCCCGGCAGCUAGCCACCAGAGACCCCAACCUCUCCAUCACCAUCCUCAUCAUGCACCUCCCCCACGGCGACGCCAACUACGCCAGCCACACCAAAUCCCUCGCCGCCGCCGCGCUCUCCGACCGGGUCAAGUUCGUCGACCUCCCUCCCAACGACGCCGCCGUCGACUCCACCGUGAAAGACGUCGUCAAAUUCUUCAUGGACUCAUACAAAUCCCACGUCCGCGAUGCCGUCGCCAAGCUCGUCCAGGCCUCCCCUCUCGUCUCCGGGCUCCUCGUGGACAUGUUCUGCACUACAUUCAUCGACGUCGCCGACGAAUUCGGCCUCCCCAGCUACAUCUUCUACACCUCCGGCGCCGGAUGCCUCAAUCUAACCCUCCAUCUCCAGAAUCUCCGGGACAACCACAACACUCCCGUCACCGAUUUCAACAACCCAGAAGCCAAUUGGUCAAUCGAAGGCUUCAAUAACUCGAUUCCGGGCAAAGUCCUCCCUCGUCCUGUUCUCAACCCAUUCCUCUGCGACGGAUUUUUGGAUUUCGUCAAACGGUACCGAGACGCAAAGGGAAUUUUAAUCAACACGUUUCCAGAUCUGGAAAACACCACAAUCGAGCACCUAUCGAAGGGAGAAACCCCUCCGGUCUACCCGGUCGGACCAAUUUUAGAGCUGAAGCGGGAAGACGCUACCGGAGAAGGAAGAGGCAGCGAGAUCUUGACCUGGCUCAACGAACAACCGCCUUCCUCUGUUCUCUUCCUCUGCUUCGGAAGCAACGGUUGCUUCAACGAAACCCAAGUGAAGGAAAUCGCCACCGCCCUCGAAAAUUCCGGGUUCAGAUUCCUCUGGUCCUUGCGCCGCCCACCUCCGAGAGGCGUGGUCUCGUUCCCCCUGGACUACGAGAACCCGGCCGAGAUCCUGCCGGAAGGGUUUCUGGAGAGGACGGCCGGAGUGGGGAAAAUCAUCGGGUGGGCGCCGCAGGCUGCGAUUCUGGCCCACCCGGCGGUGGGUGGGUUCGUGUCGCACUGCGGUUGGAACUCGAUUCUGGAGAGCUUGUGGUUCGGGGUGCCGAUCGCGGCGUGGCCGAUCGACGGGGAGCAGCAGCUGAACGCGUUUCAGAUGGUGGUGGAGUGGGGGUUGGGGGUGGAUGUGAAGAUGGAGUACAGCAAGGAGUUCGGAAUGGCGGAGGAGGAUGCUAUUGUGGUGGGGAGCGAGGAGAUCGAGAAGGGGAUUAAGGGUUUGAUGGCGGAAGGGAGCGAGGCGAGAGAGAAGGUGAAGAAGUUGAGCGAUCGGAGCAGGGAUGCGCUGGCGGAAGGUGGGUCGGCCGAGGUCGCUUUGAAUCGGUUCAUCGCCGAUGUGAUUAAGAAUUUGAGUUAAAUUAAUUUUAGUGAUUUCUGUUGAGAAUAUGUUAAAAGUAAUUUGUGGGUUUGUGUUUCUAAUUAUGUAUGACUACUCUUCGUAUAUUAACGAGAGUGAGUUUGUUCUAUGGUUAAUUAUUUUUGGGUCUUGUGAUUAAUGUUGAUGAGAUUGUAUGCACAAUAAAGGGGUGGUUAUCAU